GGUCCCACAUCUGUCUCCUCUACCUCCGUGUCCAACAUCUUUUCCUUUCUUCUUCCUACCCUUCUUGAACUCCCUUCCUCGGCUCUCUUCCUUUCAUCUCACUUCUCCCCCAAGCCCCGAGCCAGAUUGACUCAGGUAUAAAAGCCGGUCUCCCCCCUCCCCCUUCUCCUCCUCCCUCCUCAACUUGCAUUCGACCUUUAGUCCUUCACAUCAUUUUCCACCCUUCGAGCACAGGCACAGCCAUCUCGUCUCUAUUUCUCAUUUCUCUUCUCUCAAGUUCUGACAAUCAAACAUCAAAAACAGAAUAAACAGCAAACAUGUCUAUGCCAGGACUUACCGCUCGUGACCAGGAGAUUAUCAUCCUCGGUUUUCACUGCUUUGAAAGUCAGCCGAAGGCAAGUAUCCUCUCCUCUUCUGCCACUUCUAGAGGCCCUCCCGAAUUUUUCAAACCCCCCUCUUACCACCUCUUCCUUUCGGCUACUCCCACCCUUUUAUGCUUCCGUCAUUUAGCCAUCUUACACGGAACCCUCUCAGCCACAAGUCCACAACAUGGAACUCUCAAGUACUGAUAUGUGCCUCCUCCUCUAGAUUGAUUAUGACAAACUCUCGAAGCUCGGCGGCUACCUUACCCGCCAGUCGGCUUCUGCUGCUUAUUCCGCUGCGAAGCGAAAGCUCCUGGCUCAGAGCCCCAAGACUGCUGACGGAGAAGAGGGUGCCAGCACUGACGGUGCCGCUGAUGGCAGCGCUGCUCCUCCUACUCCCCC